GUCAGCUGAUUUACUGCAGCAGCAGCAGCAGCGGCAGCGGUAGCGGCAGCGGCGGUGGCACCUUGCAACCCAGGCAGGGUGACGGUGGCUGCCUGGGCGUGUGGCUCCCCGGGUUCGUCCACCCGGACUCACGGCCGCCUGGUUUUCCUCGCGUAAGCCCACGCCUUUGCCAUCUUUGCGGAGGCGCCUAAAGCAUCUCCAACAGACAUGGUUAUCGCCUGAGGUGAAGCUUUGACAGGUUUGAAAACGCAAUGGCAGGAAACAGUCUAGUUUUGCCCAUUGUCCUUUGGGGCCGCAAAGCCCCUACCCAUUGCAUUUCAUCAAUACUGCUAACGGAUGACGGGGGCACAAUUGUAACUGGAUGCCACGAUGGACAGAUCUGUCUCUGGGACCUUUCAGUAGACCUGGAAGUUAAUCCCCGAGCACUGUUAUUUGGUCACACAGCAUCGAUCACUUGUUUAUCAAAAGCUUCUGCUUCUGGGGACAAACAGUACACUGUGAGCGCAUCUGCAAAUGGAGAGAUGUGCCUCUGGGACGUGAAUGACGGCAGAUGUAUUGAAUUUACAAAGUUAGCCUGCACCCACACCGGCAUACAGUUCUAUCAAUUCACUGUUGGAAAUCAGCAAGAAGGAAGGCUUUUAUGCCAUGGACAUUACCCUGAAAUCCUCGUUGUGGAUGCUACCAGCCUUGAGGUGCUGUAUUCUUUGGUAUCAAAGAUAUCGCCAGACUGGAUUAGCUCCAUGAGCCUUAUCCGCCCUCAGCGGACACAAGAGGACACUGUGGUAGCGCUCUCUGUGACAGGCAUCCUGAAGGUGUGGAUUGUCACCUCUGAAACUGGUGGCAUGCAGGAUACUGAGCCAAUAUUUGAGGAGGAAUCAAAACCAAUUUAUUGUCAGAAUUGCCAAAGCAUCUCCUUCUGUUCAUUCACACAGAGGUCACUCUUGGUUGUAUGCUCCAAAUACUGGCGGGUGUUUGAUGCUGGAGACUACUCCCUGCUUUGUUCAGGUCCUAGUGAAAAUGGACAGACAUGGACUGGAGGGGACUUUGUGUCCGCAGACAAAGUGAUCAUCUGGACUGAAAAUGGGCAGAGUUAUAUUUAUAAACUCCCUGCCAGUUGUCUUCCUGCUAGUGAUUCAUUCCGCAGUGAUGUGGGGAAAGCAGUUGAAAAUUUAAUUCCUCCUGUGCAGCAUAGUCUCUUGGAUCAAAAAGAUAAAGAGUUGGUAAUAUGUCCUCCUGUUACUCGGUUCUUCUAUGGAUGCAAGGAAUAUUUGCAUAAACUAUUAAUUCAGGGCGAUUCUUCUGGACGGUUAAAUAUUUGGAACAUUUCAGACAUAGCUGAGAAACAGGAAGGUGCUGAAGGACUAAAAACGACAACUUGUAUUAGUUUGCAAGAGGCAUUUGACAAACUGAAGCCUUGUCCUGCUGGGAUCAUAGAUCAGCUAAGUGUGAUUCCCAACAGCAAUGAACCUCUUAAAGUGACUGCGAGCGUCUACAUACCAGCUCAUGGACGGCUUGUUUGUGGCCGGGAAGACGGAAGCAUAAUUAUUGUGCCUGCCACUCAAACGGCUAUAGUGCAGCUGUUGCAAGGGGAACACAUGCUCCGAAGAGGUUGGCCCCCUCACAGAACUCUCCGUGGCCAUCGGAACAAAGUUACAUGUUUGCUGUACCCUCAUCAGGUCUCGGCUCGCUAUGACCAAAGAUACCUGAUAUCUGGAGGUGUGGAUUUUUCCGUCAUAAUUUGGGACAUAUUUUCUGGAGAAAUGAAACAUAUCUUCUGUGUUCAUGGUGGUGAAAUCACGCAACUUCUGGUCCCACCUGAAAACUGUAGUGCAAGAGUUCAACAUUGCAUCUGUUCUGUAGCCAGUGACCACUCAGUAGGACUUCUAAGUUUACGGGAGAAAAAAUGCAUCAUGUUGGCAUCGCGCCACCUGUUUCCUAUUCAGGUGAUCAAGUGGAGGCCGUCGGAUGACUACCUGGUGGUGGGAUGCACAGACGGCUCUGUGUAUGUCUGGCAGAUGGACACUGGUGCUCUGGACCGCUGUGCGAUGGGGAUAACGGCCGUGGAGAUACUGAACGCUUGCGAUGAGGCCGUUCCUGCUGCAGUAGACUCUCUUAGUCAUCCCGCAGUCAACCUGAAACAAGCCAUGACAAGACGGAGUCUUGCUGCCCUUAAAAAUAUGGCCCACCAUAAGCUGCAAACCCUUGCAACUAACCUCUUGGCUUCUGAGGCCUCUGAUAAGGGGAAUUUACCUAAAUAUUCUCAUAACUCCCUGAUGGUUCAAGCAAUAAAGACAAACCUAACAGACCCGGACAUCCAUGUGCUGUUCUUUGAUGUGGAAGCUUUGAUUAUUCAACUCCUGACUGAAGAAGCCUCUAGGCCGAAUACUGCACUUAUUUCCCCAGAGAAUUUGCAAAAAGCAUCUGGCAGUUCAGACAAAGGGGGCUCCUUUCUAACUGGAAAGCGAGCAGCAGUUCUUUUCCAGCAAGUGAAGGAAACUAUCAAAGAGAACAUAAAGGAGCAUCUCCUUGACGAGGAAGACGAGGACGAGGAGAUAAUGAGGCAGAGGAGGGAGGAGAGUGAUCCCGAAUACCGGGCCAGCAAGUCCAAGCCGCUGACCUUGCUAGAAUACAAUCUAACUAUGGACACGGCAAAAUUAUUCAUGUCCUGUCUUCACGCCUGGGGUUUGAAUGAAGUGCUGGAUGAAGUUUGUCUUGAUCGCCUCGGAAUGCUCAAACCACACUGCACAGUGUCCUUUGGUCUCUUGUCGAGAGGAGGUCAUAUGUCGUUGAUGCUGCCUGGUUAUAAUCAGGCUGCUGGGAAGCUACCGCAUGGGAAAGCAGAGACAGGAAGGAAGCUGCCGACAACCGAGGGAGUAGGAAAGGGAACCUACACAGUGUCUCGAGCCGUCACCACUCAGCAUCUGUUGUCCAUCAUCUCUUUGGCAAAUACUUUAAUGAGUAUGACCAAUGCAACCUUUAUUGGCGAUCACAUGAAGAAGGGCCCGACCAGGCCACCUAGACCAGGCACCCCAGACCUUUCUAAGUCAAGGGGCUCCCCUCCAACUUCCAGUAAUAUUGUGCAAGGACAGAUUAAACAAGUCGCUGCACCUGUCGUUUCUGCUCGGUCUGACGCCGAUCACUCUGGCUCUGCCUCUGCCUCUACCGCUUUACAUACCUGUUUCUUAGUAAAUGAAGGAUGGAGCCAGUUAGCUGCCAUGCACUGCGUUAUGCUGCCAGACCUGCUGGGACUGGAUAAAUUCAGACCUCCUCUUCUGGAGAUGCUGGCUCGAAGAUGGCAAGAUCGAUGCUUGGAGGUGAGAGAGGCGGCGCAGGCCCUGCUUCUAGCAGAGCUGAGAAGAAUUGAGCAGGCAGGACGAAAGGAAACGAUUGAUACCUGGGCUCCUUAUUUACCUCAAUAUAUGGACCAUGUCAUAUCACCUGGAGUCACUACAGAAGCCAUGCAGACUAUGGCAGCAGCUCCAGAUACCUCAGGACCGGAAGCCAAAGUCCAGGAAGAGGAGCAUGACCUUGUGGAUGAUGACAUCACUACUGGUUGCUUAUCAAGUGUCCCACAAAUGAAAAAAAUUUCCACAUCUUACGAAGAAAGAAGGAAGCAGGCCACUGCUAUCGUCCUCCUGGGAGUGAUCGGAGCGGAGUUCGGAGCUGAAAUUGAGCCACCGAAACUGCUGACCAGACCUCGGAGUUCCAGUCAGAUUCCUGAAGGGUUUGGUUUGACUAGCGGGGGCUCCAACUACUCACUGGCCAGACAUACUUGUAAGGCACUGACAUUUCUUCUGCUACAGCCACCAAGUCCCAAGCUUCCUCCUCACAGCACCAUCCGGAGAACUGCCAUUGACCUGAUUGGGCGAGGGUUCACUGUGUGGGAGCCUUACAUGGAUGUGUCCGCUGUGCUGAUGGGGCUUCUGGAGCUGUGUGCAGAUGCUGAGAAACAACUUGCCAACAUCACAAUGGGGCUGCCUCUGAGCCCCGCAGCUGACUCUGCCCGCUCUGCACGGCAUGCCCUUUCUCUCAUUGCCACUGCCAGACCACCCGCCUUCAUCACCACCAUAGCUAAGGAGGUACACAGACACACGGCUCUUGCAGCAAACACCCAGUCCCAGCAGAGUAUACACACAACAACCUUGGCACGAGCUAAAGGGGAAAUCUUGAGAGUCAUUGAAAUUCUCAUUGAAAAAAUGCCUACCGAUGUUGUGGAUCUUCUUGUGGAGGUCAUGGACAUCAUCAUGUACUGUCUUGAAGGAUCUUUAGUUAAAAAGAAGGGUCUUCAGGAAUGUUUUCCAGCUAUCUGCAGGUUCUAUAUGGUCAGCUAUUAUGAACGGAGUCACAGAAUUGCCGUUGGAGCACGCCAUGGCUCAGUGGCCCUGUAUGACAUCCGGACUGGAAAAUGUCAGACAAUCCAUGGGCACAAGGGACCAAUCACUGCAGUGUCCUUUGCUCCUGAUGGGCGUUAUCUUGCCACCUACUCAAACACUGACAGCCACAUUUCUUUCUGGCAGAUGAACACAUCACUCCUGGGAAGCAUUGGCAUGCUGAACUCGGCACCUCAGCUGCGCUGCAUUAAGACCUACCAGGUUCCUCCAGUACAACCAGCAUCGCCUGGCUCCCACAACGCCCUCAGGCUGGCCCGCCUCAUCUGGACUUCCAACCGGAAUGUUAUCCUUAUGGCCCAUGACGGGAAGGAGCACCGCUUCAUGGUCUAAUACCGCUGUCUGCUGCCCUGGCUGCCUGUACGUUCUAUACUGUCUAGGCCGACGCUGCUGUCCUCACUCGUACUGGACUGUUGUUUGCUGCCUGCCCUCCUCCAUGCCGUCCAGGGGCCAUGGCCAGGUCUGUGUCACUUGCGCAUGCUUCUUGGGGGCAGACUCCACACGGGCGACCUAUCGAUUUAAAGGCACACAUACCCCUCAACAGGAUGUGGCCAUUCUGUCACUGGGUAGUUUUUCCCUGCCAGUGAAAGGAGGGGAGAGCUCGUGGUUCCCGGAGAUGCUCUUGUUGCUUGAUGUAAGGAAAGCCUGAAAAUCAAUAACCACUGUGAUUGUGCCCCAGUCCUGAUCCUCAUUGUCAGCCCUGGCAGCUCAGCUCUGACCUGGAUUCUAGGGCGAUGCGAGUCCUCAUUAUUGAAAUUACUUCCCUUUGGGUUUCCCACACUUACUGUUGUUUACCAAACCUAUUUCAUGUUUACAUUGGUUUUUCUCUGCUAGCAGUUGAUAGGCAGUUACUCAGUUCCACUUCCUCGAAUUUAGCCACUACCUUCUCAGUAACACCAAUCUCGAUUUGAGAUUAAUGAGGAAAAAAAUGUAUUUUUCCUCUUAGAAAAUAGUUUUCCAGAUAGCUCGCUUUCUAAAAUGCUCAUUUCCUGCUCAAAUGUUAGUGUGUCUCAUAGUUUAAAAUACAGAUAAUCCCUACUCCCCACGUGCUGACUAUAACUAACCUUCUAAGGGGUUAACCUUUCAACAAAGAACCAAGUUUAGCACAUUUGUACAGUGGAGGUUUCCCCAUGUCACAAUAGAUUCUUCUGUGCAGAAAAGGCCUCCUCCUCGGGAACUUCACAAUCUGCAGCUCCCGCAUGUGUGGCGAUGUUACAGUGGUCCUUUCCACCCCGCUUUCCAAUUCCGGCUAAUAGAGGAACACCAGGAAGGCAUUUCCUUUAAGUGCACACCUGAGAACCUGAUAACUGCGUAGACACAUUGUUCUGGUGAGCAGAAAAGCGUGAGACUGCCAGUGUGUCCGAGUGGACCUACAGAAAAAGUGUCCACUGCGCUACCACACGAGCUUUAACUCCAUUUUCUUCUGUGUCGAAUUAUGUUGCUCAUAUUGUAAUGGAAGAAAAAAAUCCAUAACACAGUAUUUUGUGUGAGUUGUUCCUAAAAAUUUGAUAUAUAUUAGCAGCAGGGAGUUGAUUUGUUUGUUGGUUGAUUAAGGACACUUACCCAAGAUUGUUUAUUAAAUACAAAAAUAAAAAGGAGUUAUUGAAUUCAGAGAAAAUAUGUGAUAUUAACAGGGGAGCUAAAAAUGAGAGCAUUUAGUUUUAAACUCAUAGAUUGUCAAAACUUGUGUAAUAUGUAGGAAAGUAGGUUCAAGGUCCAUGAAUAAAUGCAUAGUUUACAGUACUUUAAGGAAUAUGUGAAGAAGCUAACAUCCUCAGAAUGUCUUUUGCCUACCGAUGUAUGUUCUUUUCAUUGGUGGCAACUCCAUACUGUCCCUUGGUUUGUCUCAAUGUUGGGACUCUUUCAAAAGUUAUUUUAUUUCACACGCAUGUAUAUCAUAUUUAUAAUGAUUAUAUAUGUAGGUUUCAAGAAGGAAAUCAAGAGCUGUACAGUGUAGAUUGUGGUGAGCAAGCGGAUCUAUUUAAUGUGGAUGGGGAAAUGUCCAGCGGGCUCCAGAGACUGCUGUCUGCCCAGCACAGGUUUACUCUGUGAACUUCAGAGGGAAGAGUUCAACCGUCUGGAAUGAUGGGACAAACACAAUCUUAGACAUUCUGUUAAGCAAAGUGUUCCAUGCUUCAGGAAGGCGCUGAACUAGAGAGCAACAGCAGAUGGUGCCUGUCGUAGGGUUGGGUGCAAAGCAGUGAGGUCACAGAGACAGUCCUCCCGUGCCCUGUGUGUAUAGUUGGAGGAGCACACCAACUGUAAAGCUCCUUGAUAGAAGAAUGGCUAACUGAAGAAGUGCAUUUACAUUCUCAUUUACAUAAUGCUCUCCUUGGCUGUUUGACAACCACAGCUCGCAGCUUCAUCUCAGCGUAUAUUCCUCAACACCGGGGCAAACUUGGUGUUGUCAUUCCAGUGUGCGCUUGUAGUGUUCUAUUGAUUUUGUUGACACAGCAUUUGGACCUGUCCUUAUAAGCAUAAAGCCUAUGUGACUUCCCUGGUAAUUUACAAGCAAAAGUGACCUCUUGUACACUGGUGUGAAAAUCGUCAUGUUUGAACUGCAUAUAGUGAAUGAAUUCAAAUGUCUGUCUCCUAAGACAUCUCUAGACGACUCCACUUGAUAGCCUCUCUAUGUGUUUAAGAUUGAUGUGUACAUACUUGUGUUAAAUAAACAGAAUUGUACUGAAAAUUGCUUUUGUCCCAUU